AUGAUAAAAAGCAUUGUAAAAACUUAAUUCAAACACUUUAGCACUCUAUAGUAAAAGUAACCUAAAAAACUUAGAAUUCUAUCAUUGCAUGGCUAUAACAAUACUAAAGAAAUCGCAGAGUAUCAGAGUAAAUAAUUCAGGAAAGUUUUUGAAAAUGUAGCAGAUUUCUCAUUUAUUGAUGCUCCCUACUUUAUUACAAACGACUCUCCUCAUAAAGCCUUGCUUUCCUUAGGGUUCUAACCACCAUUUAGGUCCUGGUUUCAAUUACGUAAAGUAGAAGCCGAGCUUUAACAAAAUAUGAUUAAUAAUAAAUACAAUGAAGUCUUUGGGGUUGAAAAGAGUAUAAAUUUGAUUGUUGAAGAAAUUAAUUAAAAAGGUCCGUUUGAUGGAUUUAUGACGUUUAGUCAGGGUUCACUGAUGUUCAGGUAUUUUUAUCGUGUAGCGAUGGACAUUGCAAUACAUGAAUAAUUAGUAAAGAUAGAAGAGAUGCCCAAGUUUCUAAUCUCAAUAGGAGGUGUAUUUUUUUCGGACAAGAAAGUAAAUUACAAGGAUUAGAAAUUUAAGCAGGACGAUUAUAUUUUCCCAAUCGAUUCAAUACAUAUUAAUGGGAUUAAGGAUGAAUUCAUGGACAUUUUAAAUGAAAGUGGAUAGUUUUAAAAUCCAAUUGUUAUCAAUCAUUAAGGAGGUCAUAGCUUCCCUAAGAAGAUGGUAGAUAAAGAUUUUUAGCAAAUGCUAUAAUUUAUGAAGAAGCAAUAUGAAAGAAAAUUUUAAUCCCUCAAUAAUUUCAAUAUAGAUUAUGACUCAUUAGACUUUGUUGUGAAAGAAUGA